AUGGCCUCAAUGUACAAGAGUAGUGAUGCUGGCAAUUUGGACAUGCCAAAGAAACCGUGGGUAAAAAGAGAAGAAAACAAAUACGGAUGGUACGGUGCGUCCACAGGUUUGGGGCCGAGAGUUUCCAAUAAACUUUCCGUAUCUCCGUUCCGGAAAGAGGAGCUCAAAGCUAAGCACCGGGCUGGCUCCCAAGAGCUGAGACUGCGAAGUGGCCGGGGCCGGAGAGCCGGUGGUCCUCAAGGGGCACGCACCGAGGCAGCCCACAGGCAAAGGAAGCUUCCGACUCGCCUACGCCCGCUAUGGUCCCGGGUUUAUACCACUUACUGCGCUCUCAAUCCCUCGCAGCCGUCGGCAAUGCAGAUUAGGACCUUUGACCACCGGGUCUUAAGCACCCAAAGGAAAAGACUCCGCACCCCUGUUCCGCGUCUUCAGCGAGCAGACGCAGAAUCCAACAGAGACAGCACAGACAACUGGCAAAUCAGCGGGGUGAAUUUCAUUGUGAGUGACUCUGGAGCACAUGUUUUAAAUUCUUGGACUCAAGAAGACCAAAAUUUACAGGAGCUAAUGGCAGCAUUAGCUGCUGUUGGGCCUCCUAAUCCUCGGGCAGAUCCAGAAUGCUGCAGUAUUCUGCAUGGUCUUGUUGCAGCAGUGGAAACGCUUUGCAAAAUUACUGAAUAUCAACAUGAGGCUCGUACUUUACUCAUGGAGAAUGCAGAACGUGUUGGAAAUAGAGGACGAAUAAUCUGCAUUACUAAUGCAAAAAGUUUCUCUUUAAGUCUCAUGCAGAUUCAAAAAUGUGAGUUGGUCUUGAUCCACACCUACCCAGUUGGUGAAGACAGCCUUGUAUCUGAUCGUCCUAAAAAAGAGUUGUCCCCAGUUUUAACUAGUGAAGUUCAUAGUGUUCGUGCAGGACGGCAUCUUGCUACCAAACUGAAUAUUUUAGUACAGCAACAUUUUGACUUGGCUUCAACUACUAUUACAAAUAUUCCAAUGAAGGAAGAACAACAUGCUAACACAUCUGCCAAUUAUGAUGUGGAACUACUUCAUCACAAAGAUGCACAUGUAGAUUUCCUGAAAAGUGGUGAUACCCACUUAGGUGGCAGCAGUAGAGAAGGCCCGUUUAAAGAAACGAUAACUUUAAAGUGGUGCACACCAAGGACAAAUAACAUUGAAUUACACUAUUGUACUGGAGCUUAUCGAAUUUCACCAGUAGAUGUAAAUAGUAGACCUUCUUCCUGCCUUACUAAUUUUCUUCUAAAUGGUCGUUCUGUUUUGUUGGAACAACCACGAAAGUCGGGUUCCAAAGUCAUUAGUCAUAUGCUUAGUAGCCAUGGAGGAGAGAUUUUUUUGCAUGUCCUUAGCAGUUCUCGAUCCAUUCUAGAGGAUCCACCUUCAAUUAGCGAGGGAUGUGGAGGAAGAGUUACAGACUACCGGAUUACAGAUUUUGGUGAAUUUAUGAGGGAAAACAGAUUAACUCCUUUUCUAGACCCCAGAUAUAAAAUCGAUGGAAGUCUUGAGAUCCCUUUGGAACGAGCAAAAGAUCAGUUAGAAAAACACACCCGUUAUUGGCCUAUGAUUAUUUCACAAACCACCAUUUUCAACAUGCAAGCGGUAGUUCCAUUAGCCAGUGUUAUUGUGAAAGAAUCUUUGACAGAAGAAGAUGUGUUAAACUGUCAAAAAACAAUAUACAACUUAGUUGAUAUGGAAAGAAAAAAUGAUCCUCUACCUAUUUCCACAGUUGGUACAAGAGGAAAGGGCCCUAAAAGAGACGAACAGUACCGUAUCAUGUGGAAUGAAUUAGAAACCCUGGUCAGAGCCCAUAUCAACAACUCGGAGAAACAUCAAAGAGUCUUAGAAUGUUUGAUGGCAUGUAGGAGCAAACCCCCAGAAGAAGAAGAACGAAAAAAACGAGGAAGAAAGAGGGAGGACAAAGAGGACAAAUCAGAGAAAGCAGUGAAAGAUUAUGAACAGGAGAAACCUUGGCAAGAUUCAGAGAGAUUGAAAGGAAUCUUAGAACGUGGAAAAGAAGAGUUGGCUGAAGCUGAAAUUAUAAAAGAUUCCCCUGAUUCCCCAGAACCUCCAAACAAAAAGCCCCUUGUUGAAAUGGAUGAAACUCCACAAGUGGAAAAAUCAAAAGGUAAGUUAUAACUUAAGGUAAGGUAAGGUAACUAUGUAAAUUUUUUUCUAAUUAAAUUUAAUUUGGUAUAGUGUUAUUUAAUUUUGUUGUAUCUUUGGGGAAGAGCUCCUAAGUAUUGCUGGAUUUUGUUUAGGAGAUUCUCUGUUUAUAGCCUUGGAAGAUAUAGGUAGUAAAUAUAUUUGUCAGUGGUAAAAAAAUAAAAGUCAUGUUUUAUCUCCAUUAAUGUGAAGCCUUUGGAAAGUUAGCAGUUUUACUAUAAAGUUUAUGCUAUAAGAAAUUCUAAAUAUGUAAAUUUGAAUCUGGUUAUGUUCCUGAUACUAUCCUAAGUACUAGGUUACUGAAGACAGAUUCCACUUCUGCUAGUCUCUAAACUGUCUUACUUAUAGGCUGAGAAGUUUAGUUUCCUCAUGUGUUUAUUAAAGAUAUGAUUCAGAAUUGAGAGUUCCUGAAAUCAUUCGAGGUCCUAGUGAUCUUGAGGGUAAACUAGGUUUAGGUUUAGUCCUUUUAGGAUUCAUGGAAAAUGGUAUGCCAUCAUCAAACUGAUGUUUUGCUACUGUGCCUCUUCUAAGGCCAUAAAGAUUUCAGGGCUGGCCAUAUUACCAUUACUGGCAGUUCAACCUAGGGAGAAGUUGAGCUUGUUUGCUUUUAUAUAUUUUUGUCAUAGUA